AACUUAGCUAAGUCCGCCGACAAAAACUAAGUCGAUUUCGCCGAACGCGAUCACGUGAUCACUAGGGACUAUCCCGGUUAUUUUUAGCCUACCAGUGGAACUCUUUUUACUGAGAGACAUAAAAACAUCCUCGGGGGAAAUUCCCGGACAGCGCAGACGAUACACGAACGGCAUCAAAUGGAUACUAUGGCGGAUGAAAUGAAGAAGAGGCGGCCUAAUUUCACAAAAGAGGAGUGUCUGCUGCUAGCGGAGCUAGUUGCGGCAAACAGAGUGGUGCUUGAGGGCAAGUUUGGGCCUGGCAUCACCUCCGUGAAACGACAGGAGGCGUGGCAGAUGAUUACAGACACCCUCAAUUCAAGCAUCACCCACAAGAGGACCAGGGAUGAGGUGGAAAAAAAAUGGAAGAACUUGAAGAGUUCAUCCAAGAAGACCUAUUCCAAGUUCAGGCAGCAAACCAUUGCCACUGGAGGCGGACCACCCCCAACGCCGGUCAGUCCGGUCACAGAUGCAGUUGUUGAGGCCAUUGGGAGGGACAACUUAAGUCUUACGGGUCUCUCAGACUCGUGUGAUUCUACUGCCCUGCAACUGCUUGAUGCCAUCACUUCAAGAGAAAGCCCUAUCAUGGUCGGGGACGAGGUCCAGGACGUGGUGAACAUUUACCACCUGCCAGAGAAGACAGCCUGUCAGUGCCAGCAUCAGCCUUCUGUGGAGGCACUACAGAAAGAAAAACUGGAAUUAGAGAUUGAAUGUUUGAAAUUAAAAAGAGAGUAUCUUCAGAGAAGAAUUAAUAAACUAGAAGAAUAGAUUGUACAGGCACUAAUGACAGUAUAGGGUAUAUACAUUGUAAUUAUUAGGGACCUUUCAAAAUUUAAUGUG